GAUAUCUGACAUAAAUACGCGAGUAGUUAUAUUUUUAUAUCCACCAAUCUAACUUGGUUUACUCUUCUCAAAUCGUUGUGUUCAUAAAUGGCACUAUAUAUGUCGUAACAAUUGGGAUUGCCAUGACGCUCGAAGAGAAAAGCUGCAUUCUUGUGUUCCCACAUCGAACAGUGUUUUAACAUUUGGAUUUCAAUGUCAUAUAAAUAUCAAGUUUCCAAGUCACCAGCAAUAUGUUUCAUGGUAUACCGGUUACGGGUGGAGGAGUUGGAGCAGCUCCUGCUAAUAAGCCUGAGCUGUACGAGGAAGUGAAACUGUACAAAAAUGCAAGAGAAAGGGAAAAAUAUGACAACAUGGCAGAGCUGUUUGCUGUGAUCAAGACUCUUCAGGCUCUGGAGAAGGCUUACAUCAAAGACUGUGUCACGCCCAAUGAGUACACAGGCUUCUGUUCCAGGCUGCUGGUCCAGUAUAAGGCUGCCUUCAAACAGGUGCAGGGUUCCGAUGUGGGCUCCAUCGAUGACUUUUGCAGGAAGUACAGACUCGACUGUCCACUCGCAAUGGAAAGAAUUAAAGAAGAUCGACCAAUCACCAUUAAGGAUGACAAGGGCAACCUGAACCGCUGCAUUGCAGAUAUCGUUUCUUUGUUUAUCACGGUGAUGGACAAGCUGAGACUGGAGAUCAGAGCUAUGGAUGAGAUUCAACCUGAUCUGAGGGAGCUGAUGGAGACGAUGAACAGGAUGAGCAACAUGCCUCCAGAUUCAGAGGCCAAGGACAAAGUUAGCCUCUGGUUGACCACCCUCAGCAGCAUGUCUGCCUCCGAUGAACUGGAUGAUAAUCAGGUUCGCCAGAUGCUGUUUGACCUGGAGUCUGCUUACAAUGCCUUUAACCGCUUCCUCCACGCUUCCUAAAUCAUGGGAAGUUAUGACUUUAAUAAGUAAAAAAAUAAAAACACUCUCUUCUCAAGGUUAAAUUUUUGGGACAAUACUCGGUUUACUGUUUGAUUUGUGUGAUUGUGAUGAUCGUAAAGUCAGACUAACUACUCUGGUUCUGCCAAGCUAAACCUCUUUCAUUAUCUUUGUAAAGGUAGUUGCAUCUUUCUUUGUCCCUCAUGCUCUCCCUCAGCCUUCUGCUGCUUUUGUGAUAUUUUAAAGGUUAUUACUUUUGUUUUAUGAAACAGAACUCAGCUAUAACAAACAUAUAUGGAAACCCCUGGCCAAUAUCACAAUUUUGCAUUUGCUUGAUGCUGUUGUUUAAAACUCUUGCUUGUCAUCAAGUCUGUAUUGACUAUUGGUGUCCUUUAUUAUUAUUAUUAUUAUUUUGAAAGAUAAUUCAUUCUUAAAUAUUACAUACUUGAGCUGGUGUAACAUAGGUAGUUGACGACGUACAUUUACAUUUUGAAUAAUUUGUUAUCUUUUGUUAUUUUGCCCACAUCAUUGGGAGAACAUGUUCAGGUGUAUUUUGUAAAUAUUUCUGACUUUAAAGUGAAUGCAUGAUUUGUCAUUUUAGAAUUAAUAAUAAAGAAGU